AUGGCUCCUGAUGGAUAUUCUCCCCUCGGCUCAAUGUCGAGCUUUUUCAACGCCCAACAAAGGGCCCAUCGAGGCAUGGAGCGCAGUCGUCAAAGGCGUGCCGGUGAGAGUCAGGUGGGGAGCGGGGGUCACGUGGGAGCCAGCGGGAGCUACGGAGGCGCCGCGGCGGUGUACCAUGGUGUUCAGAGCGCCUACAGCGGCUAUGGUGGCGGCGGCGGCAUCGGCUACGGCCACGGUGGCACCUCUUACUACGGUCCCAGUUACUUCGUGGCUCCCUCCGGCAACUACCACGGCGGCUACUUCGGAGGCAACACCGGCCACGGCGUCUAUCUUAACCACGGCGGCGGCUACGGUGGCGGCCACGGCGGCGGCUACGGCGGCGGUCGCGGCGGCGGCUACGGCGGCGGCCACGGCGGAGGGUAA